AUGGAAACAUCUCCAGAUCCCUAUUCACGAGUGGGAAAGGAUCAACACAGCUAUUUAUAUUCAGAAAGGUUUUAUGACAAUUGUGGCCACAAAAUAGGGAGAAAAAGAUUUUUGCUCUCGCCUUCGUCUUUUAAAUGCCAUCACAAUUCGGCAUCGCCAGACAAAAAGUCUUUAUUCUCUUCCUCCACUACGAACAAGAAUUUCGAGGUGUUUAAAAGCAUGCCAAAAUCAGCCAGUAUUGUGGGACCAAACGUUUUCUUAUUCCAAGAUGUCAAUUGGAGCAAAGUUUUGUUUUUAAAUGAAAUCAAUGGAGUCUUUCCCAAAGAAUCUCAGUUGAUAACACCGCCGUUGAGCAGCCUUACCAGCACGGCCACAAAUAUGAUACUUCCUGUAAAUUCAUCUAUUUCGUCUUUAUUUGAAUACGGAAAAGAUCUCGAAAGCCAUCAGAAUCACCACCCACUCAGUGCCGAUGAAGAGACUGAUUUGAUUUAUUCAAGUAGAUCGGCUCAGGUGUCGAGCAACCUUUAUCCAGCAAAAAUAGAGGCAUAUCAUAACACGCAUGAUGACGAAGACCGUGAUGCUGGUGGCGGUGGCGGUGGUGGGGACGCCAAAACAACAUUUCAACCGGCUUCAAAGGUCGGACGACCCCGUGGUUCAGGUAGACGUCGCGGAGCUUAUGGCAAGAGAAGAGGGGGAAGAGGAUACAAACGAGGAAGAGCAUCGGCUUCUUACCAGUCUUCCCAUGCAAUAAGAAGAUUUCAAGUAAGCGAAUCCUCCGCCACAAGCGGCAAUGAAGAAUCCGAGGCAGAAGAAGAAACUCUCGGUGAUAGAAAAAAGUUUCAAACGGAAAAAUAUUCACCAAAACCGGCAUUUACUUCUUCUUCUUCUUCUUCUUCUUCGUCGUCGUCGUCAAAUGAAGAUAACCUGUCCCAGGAUAGAGAUGAGGAUGAAAAUAUCAACACAUCUUCCGAAGAUGAAGACGAAAACGAAAACAUGAAUCCAUUUUCUGAUAAGGAAUCCAGAUCGGAAACGAAGAAAAAAAUCCCAGCCCCACAAAAAAAAAGAGGCCGAAAACCGAAGGCAAAAUAUAACCACACUCAGGGUAAUUUCCUAUACUUGACUCUAGAUGACAAUUCCUCCAGUUCCGGUUCCAACCAAGCGUCAGAAGAAGAAGAUGACGAAUUAUUCCGCCACAGAGUGUCUUCACUUAGAUCAAGAAAGUCAGAGAGACCGGUUUACAACACAUCUAGACGCGCAAGAGGCUCCUCUAGGGGGAGGGGUGGACGUCGACCCUUGAAUGCACAAAAUCUCAUUAGACUCGGAUCAACGGGUGGGCUUUCCACCCGCAACAGUUAA